AUGUAUGCUCCCCGCCUUGCUAUUGGAUCUAUACAUACCUCCACAGCACCCUCUGCGCAUUUACCGGAUCAAACCACUAACUCAAUCAACAGGCAUUGUCUUCGUCAAGCCAGCUCAAGGCUACUGAGAUCCUCUCCAAGAAUUUCCAUUUCCAGAUCAAUCCGCCCCGACAUCCUCACUUCCUCAUCUCGCACACCCCGCCCAUUCUCCGUCUACCAAGCCCGAUGGAAUUCUUCACAAAAUGACCCGUCCCUGACUCCUGCCCAGCCUCUCAAAACAGACGUAGAGGCUGAUACUGAUAUUUCAGUAGAACGGAGGGAGUCUGGUAUCUCGGAAAAUGGGACGACUGUUGAAGAGACCGAGGCCGAUUCCGUCAACCAUGCCUCUGCGGGCCCCAGCAAGCGCGAGAAGCGCAUGCAUAAACUCAACAAACGGAUGCAAGAACAAGCCGAAGGUUUCUCGCCGCCGGAGUCAGAGACUCUUUACGUGGCCAACUUGUUCUACGACGUCGCGGCGGAGGAUCUGCGGGCGAAAAUGGAGCAAUUCGGAACCGUCCUUCAGGCGACAAUUGUUCAUGAUAAUCGGGGGUUGAGUAAAGGAUUCGGCUACGUCCAGUACAGCACCGUCGAAGAAGCCCGCAACGCGAUCGAAAACAUGCACCUCCAAGUCUUCGAAGGCCGCCAAAUCGUCGUGCAGUUCUCGCACACCCAGCUCCGACUAGAUGAUCAGCGGUACGAUCAGUCAAACACAUUAUUUAUCGGCAAUAUUCCUUAUGAGUGUACGGACCGUGAUGUCCAGGCUAUUUUCGCCGAUGUCAGAAACCUCAUCGAUAUCCGGUUCGCGGUUGACCGGAGGACUGGGGCGCCGCGUGGAUUCUGCCAUGCCGAAUUUUUGGGAAUAGAUGCGGCUAACAAGGCCAUGGAGAAGUUGAGGGUGAAGAGGCCAUAUGGAAGAAGGUUGAAGGUCGAGUAUUCCCAGAGAAAAAGGGUUUCCUUUAUGGCGGGGGAGAAUGUUAAGGCCAAGGAGCAGAGGGAAUGGGAGAGAGAACAGCAGGAGCAGCAGGAGGAGGAUAGGGAUAUACAGAGCCGGACAGACUUCCGAAUUUAA